UCUCAGUCGCAGAUUGACUGUGCGCGCUGCUUUGACACGGCGCCUCUCGGGCUCCCAUCGGAUCCCCACGCCUUCCCGGCCCUUCCCCCCCUCAUCCCACUCUCGCCGGCCACCGCAGCCAAGGCAAGACGCCUCCUCCCCACACCCGAUCUCUCCUCCCACCUCCGAUCGCUACGUAAACCCCACCUCCUCCCCGCCCACUCUCCCCACGCCUCGCUUGCCGCGCAAACCCGCGCCAUUUCAAAUCCCGCACAAACCCUAGACCCCAUACCCCGCAUGGUCGACCAGGCCGCAGCGCCGGCGCCGGCGCUGGCGGCGACCGCCGUCCUGCUUCCCCCGCCGGAUCCCGACGAGCCGCUCCGUGCUGAUAAGGAGGACGCUUCAGCGGCGGGAGCAGCGCCGGGCGAGCGGUGCAGGGCGAUGAUGGAGGUGGUGGCGAAGGACGGGGCGGGGGGCAAAAGCAAGUGGAAGGUGUCCAAGCUGGUGGUGGAGCACAACCACGAGCUGCGGAUCGCGCCGGGGGAGGUCGCGGCCACCGUGCCGGCGCUGGGGAUGGAGUUCGACUCCGUCGACGCCGCCAAGGGGUUUUACUACGGGUACGGCGAGAGGCUGGGGUUCAAGGCGCGCACGGGCUCUAACCGCCGCUCUGUGGGCGACGGCGAGAAGAUCAUGCAGCGGUUCCUGUGCUGGAGAGGCAAUUACGCGAAUCGGAGGAGUAAGGGGAAGGAUUUGGAUGACGCGAACGAGGCGGAGGAGGUGUCAGAGGGUGCUGCUGCUGCUGCGGGGAAGAGGAAGAGGGAGCCCCAUAUGACGAGGAGCCGCAAGCCUGGGAAGAAGAAUGCGGAGGUGACUGAGGAGGAUAAUAGGCUAGAGGUGGGGAAUGGGAGGGGAUCCAGGAAGGGUAGGAGUAAGAAGGAUGUGGUGGGGAAGUAUGGGGACACUAUUGAAAAGGAGGUGGCACAUGAUGCUGCUGAGGAGGAUGAAGGGGAGGAUGAAGGGGAGGGGAAUCACGAGGGAGUGGAAGAAGAGGAGUUCGAGGUGGAAGUGAAGGAAAGGAGGGGGAGGGGGAGGCCAAGGAAGGUUGUUGCGGAGGACAAUGCCCUGCAGGCACGAGUGUUGAGGGAACUCGGUGUGAGGGCGUCGCAGUACAGUAACGAGGAGAGGAAGAAGAUACUUAAUAAGUACCUCUCAAAGCGACAGAGCAGACCUACCUCGGGCAGGCCUACCAAGAUUGCCUCACGACAAGCUUUGGCUGAAAGGCGUAAGCGUGGUGAUGGAGGUAGAUUUUUGGCAAGGGAAGGGCAGCUGGAUUCAGAAAGGCGUUCCAAACGUCUUGAGAAGAAAAAUCUCAAAAAAGAAGAAGAGAAGGCUGAGAGCAAAGAAGAAGAAAUAAUUGCAGUGGAACCAGAUCCAGAAAUCGAAGUAGUUGCUGGACAAGGAGGAGAACCAAAGGUUGGGAUGGUGUUCCUGAAUGAGGACAAGGCCUAUGAAUUCUAUGUCAACUAUGCUGGAACUGCAGGGUUCAGUGUCCGAAAAGGCUGGUUGGACAAAACAGCAAAGAAUGUUACGAAAUCUCGGGCAUAUGUUUGUUCCAAGGAGGGAUUCCGUCCAAAAAGUGUCACUGCCGAAUCAAAGAAGCCACGGCCAGAAACAAGAACUGGUUGCCAGGCACACAUGACUAUUAAAAUUACAGCUAGUGGAAAAUAUGUCGUGACUGAGUAUGUGGCUGGUCAUAAUCAUGAUCUUGAAGCUCCCUUGGUGGACAUUCAGAUUUUGAGGUCACAGAAGUUAUUAGCAAAGGUACAACAGCCUCCUGAACAACCAAAAGUUAUUUUGAUACCAAAUGACUACAAGAACUACACAAGGACAAAACGUACAAUAAAUAUGCAAUUAGGUGAUGCCCAGACCAUUUGUGAAUAUUUACAAAGGAUGAAAGGUGAUAAUCCUUCUUUCUUUUAUGCCAUUCAAGUAGAUGAAGAUGACCAAUUCACAAAUGUGUUCUGGGCAGAUGUUAAAUCAAUGAUGGAUUAUAACUAUUUUGGCGAUGUAGUGUGUGUUGACACAAGAUAUUGCACAAGGGAUUACGGGAGACCGCUACUGUUGUUUAUUGGUGUUAACCAUCAUAAGCAGCCAAUAAUAUUUGGUACAGCAUUCAUUUAUGAUGACUCAGUUGAAUCCUUUAAAUGGUUGUUUGAAACUUUUAAAUGUGCUAUGAGUGGAAAGCAGCCAAAAACAGUUUUGACUGAUCAGUCUGCAGCACUUAGUGAUGCAGUCUCUUCUGUUUGGCCUGGGACAGCCCACCGAUUGUCACUGUUGCAUCUAUAUCUGAACGCUACCAAGAUAUUGAGGGAUACCUUCCAAGACUCAGAAACUUUUGCACGUGAUUUUAGUAGGUGGUUGUACGACUAUGAGGAGGAGGAUGACUUCUUAUCAAGCUGGGAAAUCCUUUCAGAGAAGUACAAUCUAAAGGGUAAUGAGUGGCUAAGUAAAUUGUACGAGGAAAGAGAAAGAUGGGCUUUACCAUAUGGGCAUGACACAUUCUGUGCUGAUAUUACAGCCACACUCCGAAGUGAUAAUACAGAUACUAUCCUGACAGAUCUUCUUAAACCAGAAAUAGAUCUUCGAAACUUCUUCAACAACUAUGAUAAAUUUUUGGAUGAGAAACGUCUAGCUGAACAACAAGCUGAUUAUCUUGGGGCUCAAAUGACACAAAGUGUAGCACCACUGCGGCUGCUUUGGCAAACCGCUAAUUCAUAUACUCCAACACUUUUUGAGAUGUUCAGGUUGGAAUUUGAACAGAUCUCGAACUGCAUGGUCUAUAGCUGUGGCGAGAUUGGAUCAAUAUCCGAGUACCAGGUAACUGUCAAAGACAGGCCUCGGGGUCAGUUUGUUAGAUUUGACUCAUCAGAAUGUAUGGUUGUUUGUAGCUGUAAGAAGUUUGAAUUCACAGGUCUUCCAUGUUGCCAUGUAUUGAAAAUACUAGAACUCAGGAAUAUUAAAGAACUUCCACCACACUAUAUCCUGAAAAGAUGGAGAAAAGAUGCUCAGAGUGAAUCUACAGGGGCGAACUACGGUUUUUUGGCCACAGAUGAUGAUCCCAAGUUUUCAUUGUCAAAACGGUACAACAUGUUGUGCCGGAAUUUAUAUAAAAUUGCAGCAAAAGCUUCAGGAAGCUUUGAAGCUUCUGCAUUCCUGGAGAGCCAAUAUGAACAGCUUCUGGAACAAGUGGAGGUACUUUUGCAAGCAAAGUUGCAUGAUAAAUCUUCCUUAAGCACUAUCCUGAAAGGCCAGCAGCAAAAUUUGCUUCAGAAUGAGGCUAGCAACAGCGAACCCCGCAGAGCAACCGGUAAGAAAAAUAAAAAUGCAGAGGUGCGUCGCCAGCAACAAAGUCCUCUUGAUUCAAAUAAGAAGAAAAAAGGUAGACAAGGUCUACUAGAGCCUGAGGAGAUCGAAAUUCCACUUAGGGUUGUUCCUCCCACGGUAUCAAAUGAUAUUACAAAUCAUUUAAGAAGUCCAACCAACCAAUUUCUUGCACCAAGCCAUAUAAUGCAGGCACCGUAUGUUGCACAGCAGUUUGGUCUUGGUUCUCUCCAGGGAUUUCCGGGCAUGUCACCAUUUGGGCAGAUUCAAGAACCAACACCUGCUCCUCUUCAGCAACCUCCUCAUCUACAACAACCACCCUUUCAUAGUGGUCCUCAAAUCCCCCAGGCUCCACCUCCAGACAUACAGUCAUUGCAGUUUCUUAGCAGCAAUCCUCAACUGGGCCACCAGACGACGGAUCAAGGCCAGUACACGAUUCCAGUCUGGGAUUUCCUGUGAAUAUGCGGUGUAUGCCUAAGUAGCAAUAGAGUUGUAAAUUAUGUAAUGACAAUAAUGUAGAGAAGGUUCCGCCUUGUGCGGCAUGUUUAUGUUAAUGUAGUUGUUGCGUAUGACAAAAUUGAAUGGAAUUUUUUGGGUUGGGCGCAAGGUUAAUGCACAAUUGAAGCCAAUCAAGAA